GGUGUUCACGGAUGAGGCAUCCAUCUCUUUCAACUUUGAAUAUGCAUAGGUCUAUAGUAUUUUGUUAAACUAGUAAAUCUAUUAGUGAACAAUUAUAUUUUUCAUUGCCAAGUAUCAAUAUCACAUUAUAUCGAUAGUCAUGGAGGGUAAAAGCGGUGUAGUAGGUGCAGACAAGAUCAUUGAAGAGAUUGGCGGGUGCGGACGUUUCCAAUGGCGCAUGUCCGCCCUGAUCCAUUCCAUGAAGACCGUCGUAGCGUUCUGUCUGGUAGCAUCUGUCUUAAUGUCAAAGAAGCCAGCGGCAUGGUGGUGCCGCACGUCAUACGACGUUAACGCGACCGGCUCAGUCGGCGACGCGACGGCGUCAUGCGCAUCGCAGCCCAACGCGACCAACUGUUUUCUGAAGACGUGUCGCCCUCGAAACGUCAGCGGUUGCGAGGCUUACGAGUACGAUAACAGCCCGUCCACUCUAGUGACCGAAUUCGACCUUCUCUGUGACUUGAGCUGGGUACCCAGCACUAUCAUGUCCAUCCAGCUUGGCGGCGUUCUGCUCGGGAAUUUCGUCGGCGGUCUAUUUGCCGACAUGUUUGGAAGGAAACCCGUGCUGUUCGCGUCCAUGUUCAUACUGACCAUAUCCAACCUCGUAGGUUACUUGGCGGGGAGUUGGGUACUGAUGGCGGCCUCCCGGAUGUUCGUUGGUCUAGGCUGUGGUCUCUUCCUGAAUACGCAGAAUUCCUAUCUCUGUGAGUUCACGCUAGCUCAGUACCGCCCUUUGGCCAUUGGGUUUCCGUCUUGGCCCAUCCAAAACUGCCUGUUCGCGCUGCUAGCCUGGCUUCUGAAAGACUGGCGUUACAUUCAGCUCAUGGUAUCGCUUGCCUGUCUCCCGACGUUCCUUGCUUGGUGGUGGAUACCAGAAAGCUUCCGGUGGUACAUCGCUCACGACAAACAGCACCAAGCCAUGGCUGUCGUGAAGCAGGUGUCAAAAUUCAACAAGACGGCACCACGUGACCUGGAUCUUCUCCUGACAGCGAGCAAGCAACUCAAACCACCGAAUAAGAGCGCAUUCUUAGAUCUGUUUCGGUCCACGCAACUGCUUAGAUUGACUGUUUUGCUGGCAAGUAACUGGUUCGCCCUAGGCCUGAUACAGUAUGGCAUUAACUACGGUAUCCAAGGCCUGUCUGGAAGCAUCUACUUGAACAUAUUCCUCUUUAACCUCGCAACGGUCCCUACUAAAUUUGUGACAGUUUGGCUCACCAACAGGCUCGGCCGCCGGCUGUCCACCAUCGUCAUCUUUGUGCUGAUCUUCAUAGCAGGCCUUGCCUGUGGUAUCAUACAGAGUAUAGAAACGCCAUAUAAAGGCGGGUUGACCAACGGUUUUUCAAUGGCCGUCUACUUCUGUAUCGGGGCCGCAUGGGGACCAAUUCAAACAAUGACCAUUGAACUGUAUCCCACUGUCAUCAGGACCAGUGGGUUUGGCUGUCUAAACGUGUUGUCCAGGGUUGGGGCGAUGAUUGGACCGCAGCUUGUGUUCUUGGAUAAGUUUGCUCCGGGACUACUUUAUUACUGGUGCGCAGGAAUAUCGGUCGUAUGUGUGAUAUGUCAGCUAUUCCUACCCGAGACUAAGAACGCUGCGUUAAACGACAACAUGGACUAUCUAAAGGAGAAGGGUGCUGGUAAAGCGAAGAACAAUCCUAUUUGAAGUUGGUGAAAUGCGCAUUUUCGAAUGUCAUACCAAAUAAGUUCGUUGGUUGUGUUUGGAUUAUAUUUUUAUAAAACUAUGUAUAUAAUAUACAUUAAAUAUAUUCCCUUUCUUAUUGCUUCUACCCAUCAAGAAAUACUUUUGUUAAUAAUUGUUGUUUCGAUGUCUCAUGUAGUUACUGUUGAAACGUCAAAUAAGUAUAUAAAAAAAACACACAAUCCUGACUUCAGUAUGCAACACCCAGAUGGCACUGUGCCAGACAGGAUUUUAUGAAAAUUUUAUUUGGAUUUACUUUCUAGCGUUUUAAUAUAAUGGUUUUCGUUUUUAAGACAUGUUCCUUGUUGUAUUCGCUUUGUAUUCAUAGCAUUGUUCAUGCAUUCUUUAUGGAUUGUUUUAAGUGUAAUAAUUGUUUGGUGUAUACGGGUCCGGGUCAAGCAAAAAUCAACCCGAUUCAAGUUUUUGUUUCGGGGAUAAUUUGUAUUGGAAGUAUUAUAUCUAGACCAAACAUGAAAUUAUGAACACUUGGUGUAGACUUGAUCACAUAAAUCUACAAAUGCGAGCAUGUUU